AUGUCGUCGGAGCCAGCCAACAGACACCGCAGUCAAUGGAGUCUUACAGCCGACCCGCGGAUGCCGAGCUCAGCGGCAGCGCUGACACAGUCGUCGUACUUGCACGCGCUCGGCGCCACACAGCAGCUGCAGUCGGAGUCGCAGCAUUUGCCGAAAGCUCGCAACACGGUCGCCUCUGGCGCAUCGAUCAACCCAGCCAUGGCGACUGUGGCGCAGCAGAAGGCUCGGUACGCGCGUGGCCCUUACGUCCCUCCACCUGCCUUGCGUCGUAGUCGCCUCCACCUGGGCCCCACGGCGGACACCAGUGGCGUGCUUGGCGGAACACAGCACAUCUACGAGGGUCGUCGCGCCCUCACGCAGCCUGCAACGUGGUCUCUGCCGUUGCAGUCUGCUUCCGCACAGCGCCGAACGCCUGCAGGCGCGGGACCGACGACGCGUGCGGCGGUCAAUGGGGAUACCACAUUGCACCCCCUUCCGCCACCGCCGCCGUCACUUCAUCCAGUCCCUUCGCCACCGACUGAGUGGUGUCAGGCCCUCGUUGCGCUUCAAGAGCGUCAGCUGCUCUGCUGGCAGCAACUCAUAGAGACCCAGCAGCUCAUGACUCACCAUGUUGGGCGGCUGCAGGAGGAGUUGCAGUAUGUGCGCGAAGUCCUGAAGCACGGACUUGGCAAGCACUCGACGACGGAGGCGGUCGUCGCGAGCGCGACAGAUCCACGCAAGCGCUCCCGCUCGGAAGGCCAUGACCAUUUCGAAGCUGCAAUAGUGACCAAAUCUGCAGCAGCAGUGCCGACUGCCAGCGCCGCGACCUCGCAGCGGAACAUGACAGUGCACGCCGUUCGUUUACUAGGAGAGAGCACCACCUCUACGCCUGCCGUCGUGCAGGACGCGGCAGCCUGUCGAGGUGUCGCCCAGCCGGCAGAAGUCGCACAAAGGUUUUCUUCGAGACCAUCCGCAGAGCGGAAGGAGGGCAGCGGUGGCGGGAGCGGUGCUGCACACUCAAAAAGCACUGCUGACGCUGCCGACAGCGAGGCAGAUAUCUUCAUGCUCUGA